CACGUCAAACUUGCCAUCGAUCAGUUCGAGUUUUCGUGUGUGAGAAGUGCAAUCCGAAAGGGGUGAAAACGCGAAAUUACUCUCCAUUUUCGUCCGGUACCUAGCGACCACAUCAAUGGCAUCGUUGUGCGGAAGAAUGGUCCUGGCCGCGGCCAAGCGAAAUGUGACCUACACAUCGGUGCGAUUCUGCAAAAUGAUGAACGAUCCGCUAGAACAUGCCACCGGUAUCGAGAAGCGUGAGCUGUUGGCCAAGGCGGCCGGCAACCCGGAUCCUUUCGACAUGCGUGUGUUCAAGCGUGGCCCGGGCACCAAGGAUACUCCCAACCUGAUUCCGUCAGCUUUCGAUGCACGUUUAGUCGGUUGUGUUUGCGAGGAAGACCAAACCUAUGUUCAGUGGAUGUGGCUGUACCAGGGACAACCGAAGCGCUGUGAGUGCGGACAUUGGUUCAAACUGGUAGAGAAGGCUCCCGUCUAAAGCAGAGGAACGCACCCUUUGCCACCGCUGUAGAAAUGAAAAGCAAAACCGAUUAAUAUUUAAAAACUGGAAACGCAUUAACAAAUAAAGAUCCAGGUCGUUGAAAUACACACCCAACGAGCGAAGGGUAUUUGCAAUGGUGAAUGAAAUAGACAAACACAAAAAAAGUGACCAUAUCUUCGGAAAAUCGUUAAACGAAUCAUGCACCCUGCCCACCCGGAGCGUGAUCCUUGCCCCUUGCUCACAUGGCGUUGAUAGGUUUUUUUUAACCAAAAAUCAUCUUUUCUUCCUUCGUU